GCCUCCUUUUCUCUCUGAGCGCGUCUCACACAGUUCUCUAGCAGGACCAGUCCCUGCCAGACUACCUCCACACACACACACACCACACACACACAAACACAAACACACACACACUGAACCACGGACAGUUGCAGCACCGAGCCAUGGCUGUACGGGACGUUGCCUCUCUGCUUGUCGGACUUCUGGUCCUCUGUCACACCGGGGGAGUUCGGGCUGAUGUGGAGGUGAACAUGGAAGACCGAGUGGAGGUGCUCAGGGGAAAAACCGCUCGGAUCACCUGCAUGUUCAAGUCAUCUGAAGGCAUCGGCGGGUUGUUGAUAAAUUGGUCCUACGUGACACGGUCAGGUGAAAAGCAGCUCAUCUACUACCAGGACUCCACAGUGAGUUCGGUAGAACGAGGCACACAGUUCACCGACCGGAUCAGUGUCAAUGGUACCACUGGAGAGAUCGUGUUGACCAUCGACAAAGUACUGCUGGCAGACGAACUGGAAUAUAUCUGUCUCAUCAAAACUGUGACAGGGGCAGUUUCCGAGGGACGUACAAAGCUGAAGGUGUUUGAGAUUCCAGACAUUCCUGUCAUUGAAGGUGUGCAAACAGGGAUCUCAGUCAAUGAAAAUGACCUGUCCAAGAUUGCAACAUGCGAGGUAAAAAAUGGCUUCCCCAAGCCAAACAUUACUUGGUACAGAAACAACACACCGCUGCGUAAUGUUCAGAAUGAGGUGAAAAUAGUGCCCAGUAUUACGACUGAAUCCAGCGGUCUGUUCUCAGUUAAGAGUGAGCUGAGCAUGAAGGUGAUGAAGAAGGACAAAGAUGAUUUCUUCUAUUGCGAGGUCAACUACUUUGUCCCUGGAGAAACCAGGAUGACAGAAAGCACCCGUAUUAACAUCACUGUGUACUACCCCUCCACUGCUGUAAGUGUUUGGGUGGAGUCACCAAAAGGCAAAAUCAAGGAAGGGGAUUCGAUUGAACUUCACUGCAGUGGCAACGGGAAUGCUCCAUCUUCGAUUAUUUCAAUCAAGCAUAUAAUAACUGAUGAGUCUUGGGAGACCAAUAGGUUGGUGCUGAGCAACGUGAGCCGCCUUAACAGUGGAGUUUACGAGUGUACCUCUAUGGACACGGAGGAUAUAUACUUUGAUGAGAUCUCAGGAAACACCACAGUGACUGUCAACUAUCUCGAUCCUCCUGCGGUGAUACCUAAAGACGCUGUUGUGAUGCGCCAAGGAGAGGAGUUGGAGGCCACCUGCAAUGCCCUCUCUUCUCUGCAGACACAAACGACCUGGUUUAAGAAAGGAAAGGAGGUUUCAAAGGGCCACAAGCUGAUGUUGAAGGACGCUACGUUUGACACAGCAGGGACGUACGUGUGUGUGGUGACUGUUCCUGAGAUUGAGGGAAUGGAAACCAGCCAGACGCUCAUCGUUCAUGUCCAGGGGAUGCCUGAGAUUGUGAAGCCAGACACCACAGAGAUAGAAGCAACUUUUGAGACCACAGUGGACCUCAGCUGUGAUGUCAGAGGUUUCCCUGCUCCCAGAGUUACCUGGACCUCUGAUGGAAAGGUCCUCCAGGCAGCGUCUCAAAAAGAGAUCGAGAAGGGCAUUCAGAGCGUGGUCAGUAUCAAGGUCACCUCUGACAUCACAGCUUUAUGCAGAGCCACCAACAGCUACGGCACUGACGAGUUGGCCUUCAACAUCAAAGCCACUACACACACCACAACACCAGCCACAACCAUCACCACCACCACCACCACUACUACUGCUACUUCUUCUAGUAGCACUACUAUUUCCUCUACCACAGUCAAAGCCGAAACAGCUAUCCCACCAAAGAAAAUCAAGAAAGAGGGCAGAGGUGUCAUUAUUGCAGUCAUCAUAAUCUGCAUCCUGCUGCUGGCCAUCUUGGGCAGUGUGCUCUACUUCCUCUACAAAAAGGGCAAAAUCUGUGGCCGAUCCGGCAAGAAAGACAUCACCAAAGAGAAGUCCAACAAAGAUAACAUCGUGGUGGAGAUGAAGAGCGACAACUUAGAGGAUGCCGAGCUUCUUGGCGCCAACGGAGAAAAACAACCUCAGAGCGACCAGUGAAGGGCGGCGAGUACCCGGACGUGCAGAAGUGAGGAGGUGACUGCAGACGCGGCCAGCAGCUGCUCCUGUUCUUCCCUCUCAGGCUCAGACCGGCCGAUGCCUUCCAGCUCGCAGCACAGCUCCUUAUCCCAGAGUAACGUCAUGGAAAAGCUCAGGAUUCACUCAGUCAGUAGUAUGGUGGUCAGCCGAGACUCAAAUUAUUCCAAGCUGCAGCUUUUGCUUUCUGUCCUUUACAUCUUAGCACAUAUCUGUUGGAAUGCAACAUGAGCUGUGAUGAGAAGUGAUUUCAGCGCUCUGUGACGUUACUCUGCUAAAACCACCAUCCACCUUCAAACCAAGGACUGUCCUUAGCCUGUAGUUCUCAUUACCACGAGCCUUGUAUACUGCUGAUUAUCUGUAGAACAAUUAUUAGAGCACAACUUUGAGCAGGGACUCUUUUUAUAACUGACUAAGCAUCACCUCAGGCGAAGAGCAGCCUGAAACAGCUGUUUAAGUGUACAUAUCUAUCCAUGUAUAUAUUUCUUUAUUUAAAAUAACACCACAGAAAAAACAAAACAACAAAAAAUAAAUGAUCAGAUAAUGUUUUAUUUUGUUUGGGUCUUUAGGGAGAGUGAAAAAGAGUUCAGGAAGAUGUCUUGUUUUGAUUUCUUUCCUCUGUUUUGUUUUUGUUUCCUGUUUUAAGUCUGUACACUGAAAUUAUUGGGGAUGCAAGGAUUCUUUUCCUCUCCAGCCAGUUACAGUCUCACCAAAAAUGUUGCCUUCUUUUAGCUUUUCUGAAAACAAAGGUGUAGGUCAUUUAAUCACGUCUCACCUUUGGAGCUUUUUCCUUCUCUACCAUUAACACUUGUCUUUAUGCUCCUCACUUUGUGUGUAUGAAAGAAGAUAUCUUUGCAGGUGAAUAAUCUGUUCAGACAGAUUCAGACAUGGAAGGUUUAAUGCUAUUUGAAGUUCUCUUUACUUUGAUAUUUUAUGUGUGUUCAGGCAUUGCCAACAGUCAACCUUAAAGGAUACAGAUCAAAGCCUAUAGAAAAAUCAGCAUUUUGCAUCGUCUGUUGUUUCUGUUGAAUGCUCAGUGCACUGAUUUCUUUGUGGUUAAUCUUCAAGCGGUCGUGUUUCUCUGCUUCUCUGUAAAAUGAUUUAUAUAUAUUUUUUGGUUUAAUGUGGCCGUAUGUGAAUGAAAUGUAGUUCUUUAGCUAUUUUUAUUUCUGUUUUAAGCAUGCAGUUCGAUUCUGGAGACAGACAUUUGGGUGUUGAGUCUCAUCACCCGGUCGUCAAAAACAACACUGUGCUUUUGGUGGCUCGCGUCAUCCAGGCACUGCUGUUUGACCACCUAUGAAUGCGCCUUAAGGUUCAGCUAACUUUCUCCAGAUUUGUUCACUGCCCCUUUAGGAGGAAAGAUGAGGUUAGAGCAGAUUAUUGAUCCACGGUAAAUAUGCUUAACGGAAUGAAGUUGCCCACCCUGUAAAUAAAAGACAUAAUUGACAUCACAACUUCAGUCAGAAAUGACGUUUAGCGACAACUUCAGAACAAGACUGCUGAGGAGGGGCAAUGACUGUGACUCUAUGCAAAUGAAGUUAGACAAUCAAGUCUGUGCUCAGUUAUGUGCAGGUACCUUACACUCUUAACCCUCCUGCCUUCUGCUGUUUGUAAGAACUACCACUGUUACACUGUUUCAGAUGCUUGGAAUCUGUAAAAUGCCUUUUACUGCUUUGGAGUUGGGAAAUGUGAAAAUGAACGUCCUUGAUGACAUUCAAACAAUUUACCAACAAAUUCAUUGUUUGUAGUUUUUGAAAAUUAUACCAAAUAAAGUGACUGUCAAAUGGAAA